AUGAUCUCAAUCUUCCUCGCCGAAGAGCUUGAGCGAGCUACGACAGAUAUACCAGACACCUACUUCCUCCAAUAUUUCUGCGAUAGCAGGAGGGAUGAGUGUAAUACAGGUGUUGCGAUUCUUAGAGGACUACUCUUCCAACUUUUACAGCUGCAACCAAAGUUAAUCGACUACAUUCUACCACGCUUCGAAGUCGAAAAGUCAUCUCUAUUUACACUGGAAACACUCUGGAAAAUCUUUGAGGCUAUGAUUUGCGAUGCUAUGCGUAGUACUGGCCACGAGUCUUUAGUGCGUCUACUGCUUGAAAAUGGAGCCGAGAUUAACUUGACGGGUGAGCUAGAGAGAGGUUCUAGAGUGACUGCGCUAUUCUGCGCAGCUGCGAGGGGGCACAUAGCUGUUUUACAGCUGCUGCUUAAGAAAGGUGCGAAUGUUCACGACGAGAGCGAGACACUAGGCUACUUUAGAGGGACAGCGCUGGUCUGGGCCGUUGGAAAAGGGGACAAAGAUGUUGCGCUGCUGCUAAUUGAGAACAAAGCAAAUUGGCAGGCAAAGUGCGAGUUCGAUGGGCUCACACUUACAAUGCUCAUGAUGGCAGCUAUUGGUGGAAACGUGGCUAUAGUGCAGCUGCUACUGAGGAAGGGGGCGAAAAUUGACGAAGAUUGA